ACACUCCAUCAAUUGAACCUCGCUCAUCAUGGCAGACACAUCUCCCCGGGUCGGCUUUAAGCGGAAGCGUGUCGCCAAGGCAUGCCAUAAAUGCCGGUCUAUGAAAUCCAAGUGUGAUGGGAAAUGGCCCGAGUGCAGCCGCUGCAAGGGCUACGGGUAUGAUUGUGUCUAUGCAGCUGGGGGGAGGGCCAGGAGGCGUCAGGAGGCUUCUACUGAUGAUGGCUCGUUGGAUAGUGCUGUACAAGGACAUGGAGAUUUGCGUGAGGCGAUAAGACAGUAUGAGUCGUUACUGGACAUGGUGGCAUCGAAGCUGCCUACGCCACAACAUCGAGAAGACGCUUCCUCAGUGUUGGCUUGUAUGAAAGCUGCUGAUAGGGCUUUGUCUAACAUCGAUGCGACUACUCUCACGACAAGGCUGACGACAACCUUGACUGGCUCUGAUACUCUCCCUUUUCGUCCGCAGGCCAGUCAAGCCGAGAGAUAUCUUGGCAAAGUCAGCGACGUGUGCUUCUUCAACCUUGUCAAGCGGGUGUUGCAAGCACAGCCGGGCUCUUCCGAUUCUGACCAACGAGUUGACAGCUACGAACAAGUCGACGACAUUGCGUCUCCGAGUGUCAAUGUCAUUCCUUGUAGAGUUGUUGAGCUGCCGAGUCGUGAGGCGGCGAAAGCUUUUGCUGAUGUGUACUUUUCUACUGUUCAUCUGGCGUUUCCGUUUAUUCCGCAGUCGCUGUUUAUGAGAUCGCUUGAUCAAGCCCUGGAUUCGUCGGAUGAUUGUUCUUUGGAUAACACCAGAUUGGCACUGAUAUAUGUCAUUUGUGCUAUCGGAGCUUAUUAUACCAGCAUACCAGGAGAGCAAAUCGGAGCCAACAAGUGUCAUGAAGUUUACUUCCUUCAGGCACUCUCUCUGGCUCUACCCGCAGGGGCAGACCGAUCAAUUCACCAUGUGUCUCUGCUCUUAGCUCAAUGCUUCUACAUGCUAGCAGUCUGCCGAACAGACAGUUGUUGGGCAACAUUGGGUCAAACUGUCCGCAUGGCCCAGAGCAUUGGGUUGCAUGUAGAGCAAAAUGAUCCCCAGAGGCUCAAGGGACCAGGUCGGUUACUCGUCGAGCGGCGACGGCGGAUCUGGUACUGUAUAUACGUCUUGGAUCGACUGAUCUCUCUGCAACUAGGUCGACCGCCAGCGAUCCAUGAGGACUACUGCCAUGUCCCAUUACCCUCUAGGCUUGGCGACUCGGACAUUGAUUGGGACGCGGACGAGUUUCCGGCAAUGUUUGAUGGGCCUUCUGUUGGUGACUACCAUCUAGAAGUCAUCUCCUUCUCCAAGAUCGUCAGCCAGGUCCUGCGGGAUCUGUAUAGCCCGAGAGCUGGUCAGAAUUUGACAAGUGAUCUGUUUAAUACCAAGGAACUCGAUCUCAAGCUCAUACAAUGGAAGCAGUCGCUACCCAGAACAUUGCGGUUCGACUUGGGACAUGCUUUUGACAAGUCUUUCAUCUUCAAGCGCCAGCGGAGCAUGUUGGCGAUCAAGUAUCACCAUCUACGAGCUCUCAUUCACAGACCAUACCUCUGCUACCCAAUAAUGCGCAAUCUCGAUGACGAGACCGACAUUGCACUCAGCCAGCCAAAUUGGGCCCUUGUCAGCAUGUAUGAAAAGGUAUGCAUCGCCGAGGCACGCGAGACAGCACGCCUACUGCACUGCAUAUCAUGCGAAAAAGAUUUAGUCCAGGAAUUUCCCUGGUGGCAGAUGAUUUCGUGUUUGAUCUGCGCAGGGUCUAUCUUGGUAGUCUCGAGCAUUUUUAGUCAGCAGACGGGUGAUGCGUUGGAAGGUUUCGACGCUGAUGGUAUUUCGGAUGAUGCGGAGACUUGUUUGAGGGUGUUUGAAGCUUUGAGUGUCAACUCGAAGGGUGCGAGGAUUGCGAGGGAUAUGAUGGAGGGGCUGAAGGAAUGCGGGUUGAGAUGGAGAAACCCGACGAUGGCAUCUGAACCACCUUAUGCAGCACUUCCAGCAUCUCAUACAGCCCUGGCCACUAGAGGUCACAUUCCAAGUCUAGAUGGGCAGGACGCGUCCGUAUCAGAUUUCUCGUUCACGACUCCGAGUGCCUGGCCAGCAGAGAUUGUCGAUUCCAUGGCGUGGUCAGUCCAAUUCUUUGGCGCCGUUCAAUCUGGGGAGUAAACGCGUGUCCAAGAUGGUUGGUAUCCUCCCUGCAGCAGCAUUGCGGACGAUGGAGUAGAGCCCCGGUCACCGCGUUAUGAAUUAUUAGGUGAAACGAUAAUGGAUUGCUACAGUCAAGUCCACGAUGGCGACGGAAUCAUGAGAUAUAGUACAUAUGUUGAAAGAGGCUUGUUGAGCCGGCGGCUACAACGGUAGUGUUUACGCGUUUGGUGAUGACGUGACGCGGCUUGUCUCUCCGUGGGGAUCCACGUCAAUCCAAUUACACAGCUCGUAGCUUUAGAUCAUGAGAAGUUGUAGGGUAGUUAAAUCUUUAAAUCAAUUAACCAUCAAGCGUUAAAUACGAUUUAAUACAAAUACUAUUUAUGAG